UGGGCCGCCCUGGGCCCCCGGACCCACUGGAGCCCGCCUCCCCGGCGGGCAGGGGCCGCGCUUGGUAGAGCUUGGCAGGGUUAAAGCGCUUGCCUGGCAUUGAUCAGAAGGUGGAAAGAGUCGCGUUCUUCCAGAGAGAGGCCUGUAGGCAGCUUGGGGCGUAGAAGGCACAGCUUUUAGGUAUUGGUACCCCUCCCCCCCCCUUUUUAAAGGAAAUUGUGUUAGGCUUAGCUGAGGCUAAUGUUUACACUACAGAAGUAGAAGCGCAGAGGAUAUCAGACAGAUAAAUGCAUUGGCAAUGCAUUAGUGUUUUAAAUCCCGAAAGCAUCAUGCUUAAACGCUUCAAAAAAUUAAACUGGUUUUGGUAGAUGAAACGUCUUUCACACCUCUUAAGGAUCCAAAGCUAAUUGGCUUGGGUCAUACAGUGCAGAACCCGCAGCAGAGCCGUGGUGAACCGUACAACAUACUAGGGCCCAUUCCGGUUUGCUGGCCUAAGUAGGGGACCCUUGACUCGGGCACCAUACAGGCCAGAACAGGCAAUGACUUGGACAGAGUGAACUUACAUGAAACCAAGCCUUCGCAAUAUGAAGCAACAAAUCCAGUCUGAGAUAGUGGAACACGAGUUAUGUACAGUUUUGAAAACAAAGACAAUGGAGUUGGACGUUGAACAUUCGCAAUACUUGAGCAUCGCUUAUCACCGAAGGAAACGAACCUUUUGUUAAACAAAAAUGGAAUUUCCUUCUUCUUUGACCAGCACUGAAAGAGCCUUUAUUCAUCGACUGAGUCAGUCUCUUGGUUUGGUCUCUAAAAGUAAAGGAAAGGGAGCAAAUAGAUACCUAACUGUGAAGAAGAAAGAUGGAUCAGAAACAGCUCAUGCAAUGAUGACCUGUAAUUUGACUCAUAAUACAAAACAUGCUGUUAGGAGCCUAAUUCAGAGAUUUCCUGUCACCAAUAAAGAGCGUACUGAACUUCUGCCUAAAACAGAAAGAGGAAAUGUGUUUGCAGUUGAAGCUGAAAACCGGGAAAUGAGCAAAACAAGCGGGCGACUCAACAAUGGCAUACCUCAGAUUCCAGUGAAAAGAGGAGAAUCUGAAUUUGAUUCUUUCAGGCAGUCUCUGCCCGUGUUUGAGAAACAAGAAGAAAUUGUUAAAAUAAUUAAGGAAAAUAAAGUAGUUUUGAUUGUAGGAGAAACUGGGUCUGGAAAGACGACGCAGAUUCCUCAGUUCCUUUUAGAUGAUUGCUUUAAAAAUGGUAUCCCCUGCCGUAUAUUUUGUACCCAACCAAGACGGUUAGCAGCAAUUGCUGUGGCCGAAAGAGUUGCUGCAGAGAGAAGAGAAAGGAUUGGUCAAACAAUUGGAUAUCAGAUCCGAUUAGAAAGCAGGGUUUCUCCAAAGACACUUCUGACAUUUUGCACUAAUGGGGUAUUGCUUCGUACGUUGAUGGCAGGAGAUAGUACAUUGUCAACUGUGACGCAUGUUAUUGUGGAUGAAGUACAUGAAAGGGAUCGAUUUAGUGAUUUUUUACUUACAAAGUUAAGAGAUCUGCUGCAAAAGCAUCCAACUUUGAAACUUAUUCUUUCUAGUGCCGCCUUGGAUGUAAAUCUUUUUAUAAGAUAUUUUGGAAGUUGUCCAGUGAUAUAUAUACAGGGAAGACCAUUUGAAGUAAAAGAAAUGUUCCUGGAAGACAUCUUAAGAACUACUGGAUACACAAACAAAGAAAUGUUAAAAUACAAAAAGGAAAAACAACGAGAAGAGAAACAACAAACCACCCUUACAGAAUGGUAUUCAGCUCAAGAGAAUACUUUCAAGCCUGAGUCUCAGAGGCAGAGAACUGUCCCCAAUGUGACUGAAGAAUAUGACUUAUUGGAUGACAGCGGUGAUGCUGUCUUCAGCCAGUUGACAGAAAAAGAUGUGAAUUGCCUUGAACCAUGGUUAAUAAAGGAAAUGGAUGCUUGUCUCUCUGACAUAUGGCUACAUAAAGAUGUUGAUGCCUUUGCUCAGGUCUUUCACCUUAUUUUAACUGAAAAUGUUAGCGUUGAUUACAGGCAUAGUGAAACCAGCGCAACAGCUCUGAUGGUUGCUGCAGGACGAGGUUUUUCAAGUCAAGUAGAGCAGCUAAUUAGUAUGGGAGCCAAUGUUCAUAGUAAAGCAUCAAAUGGCUGGAUGGCUUUAGAUUGGGCUAAACACUUUGGACAGACUGAAAUUGUGGAUCUUCUAGAAUCUUACAGUGCUUCACUGGAGUUUGGAAAUCUAGAUGAAAGUUCUCUGGUUCACACAAAUGGAAGUGACCUCAGUGCAGAAGACAGAGAGCUCCUGAAAGCGUAUCAUCACAGUUUUGAUGACGAAAAAGUCGACUUGGAUUUGAUCAUGCACCUUCUAUACAAUAUCUGCCACGGCUGCGACGCCGGUGCAAUAUUAAUUUUCCUACCUGGAUAUGAUGAAAUUGUUGGACUGAGGGACCGCAUCCUGUUUGAUGACAAACGGUUUGCUGACAACACACAUAGAUACCAAGUCUUUAUGCUUCAUUCAAAUAUGCAAACAUCUGAUCAAAAGAAAGUAUUAAAAAACCCACCUGCUGGCGUUCGAAAAAUAAUUCUUUCCACCAAUAUUGCUGAAACCAGCAUCACAGUCAACGAUGUUGUCUUUGUUAUUGAUUCUGGUAAGGUGAAAGAGAAAUCCUUUGAUGCACUGAAUUUUGUUACAAUGUUAAAAAUGGUGUGGAUUUCCAAAGCUAGUGCCAUACAACGAAAAGGCAGGGCAGGGAGAUGCAGACCUGGAAUUUGUUUCCGGCUGUUCAGUAGACUCCGAUUCCAGAAUAUGUUGGAAUUUCAGACUCCAGAACUUUUGAGAAUGCCAUUACAGGAACUUUGUUUGCAUACUAAGCUGUUAGCCCCUGUGAAUUGUCCUAUUGCUGAUUUCCUAAUGAAAGCUCCUGAGCCCCCACCAGCUUUAAUUGUAAGAAAUGCUGUACAAAUGCUUAAGACAAUAGAUGCGAUGGAUACGUGGGAGGACCUCACUGAGCUGGGCUAUCAUUUGGCUGAUUUGCCCGUGGAACCACAUCUUGGGAAAAUGGUCCUGUGCGCUGUUGUUUUAAAGUGCCUGGACCCCAUCCUCACCAUUGCCUGCACACUAGCCUAUCGAGAUCCUUUUGUCCUGCCAACCCAGGCCUCUCAGAAACGGGCAGCUAUGCUUUGUAGGAAACGCUUCACUGCGGGAACUUUCAGUGACCACAUGGCCCUUCUCAGAGCGUUCCAGGCAUGGCAGAAAGCACGAAGUGAUGGGUGGGAGCGAGCCUUUUGUGAAAAGAAUUUUCUUUCACAAGCUACCAUGGAAAUAAUCAUUGGCAUGAGAACUCAGUUGCUUGGUCAACUUAGAGCAUCAGGUUUUGUUAGAGCACGAGGUGGUGGUGACAUUCGAGAUGUUAACACAAAUUCCGAGAACUGGGCUGUUGUUAAAGCUGCAUUGGUGGCAGGCAUGUAUCCUAAUUUAGUCCAUGUGGACAGAGAGAAUGUAGUAUUGACAGGGCCAAAGGAGAAAAAAGUUCGGUUUCAUCCCACUUCAGUUCUCAGUCAGCCUCAAUAUAAAAAGAUUCCUCCAGCCAAUGGUCAGGCUGCUGCGAUUCAGGCACUGCCCACAGAUUGGCUUAUUUAUGAUGAGAUGACCAGAGCCCACAGAAUAGCUAAUAUUAGAUGUUGCUCGGCAGUGACCCCCGUCACUGUGUUGGUCUUCUGUGGCCCCGCGAGGUUGGCAAGUAAUGCUCUUCAGGAACCUUCAUCGUUUCGAGCAGAUGGUAUUCCUAAUGACAGUAGUGACAGUGAAAUGGAAGAUAGAACGACUGCUAAUUUAGCAGCUUUGAAACUUGAUGAGUGGCUCAAUUUCAAACUAGAGCCUGAGGCGGCCAGUCUGCUGCUGCAGCUCAGGCACAAGUGGCACAGCUUGUUUUUACGCCGGAUGAGAGCUCCGUCCAAACCCUGGUCUCAAGUUGAUGAAGCCACCAUAAGAGCCAUCAUAGCUGUUCUCAGCACUGAAGAACAGUCCGCGGGCUUACAGCAGCCAUCCGGAAUCGGCCAGAGGCCGAGGCCUAUGUCUUCAGAAGAACUUCCUCUGGCAUCGUCUUGGAGGUCAAAUAAUAGUAGGAAAACUUCAGCAGAUACUGACUUUUUGGAUGAGUCUGCUACUGCCGAAAGAGUACUGAUGAAGUCUCCAUCUCCAGCACUGCACCCACCUCAGAAGUACAAAGAUAGAGGAAUUUUACAUCCUAAGCGAAGCACUGAUGACCGAUCGGAUCAAUCUUCUGUGAAAUCUACAGACAGCAGUAGCUACCCAAGCCCUUGUGCUAGCCCUUCUCCUCCAUCCUCAGGAAAGGGCUCAAAAUCUCCUUCACCAAGACCAAACAUGCCUAUUCGAUACUUCAUAAUGAAGAGUAGCAAUUUGAGAAACCUUGAAAUUUCUCAACAGAAGGGUAUCUGGUCUACAACCCCUAGUAAUGAGCGGAAGCUAAAUCGAGCGUUUUGGGAAAGCAGCAUGGUUUACUUGGUAUUUUCUGUUCAAGGAUCUGGACAUUUCCAGGGAUUUUCUAGGAUGUCUUCUGAGAUAGGAAGGGAGAAGAGCCAGGACUGGGGCUCAGCUGGACUGGGAGGAGUAUUCAAGGUGGAGUGGGUCCGGAAGGAAAGUCUUCCCUUUCAGUUUGCUCACCACUUACUCAAUCCCUGGAACGACAACAAGAAAGUCCAGAUCAGCAGAGACGGACAGGAGUUGGAGCCCCAGGUCGGCGAGCAGCUGCUGCAGUUAUGGGAACGCCUUCCGCUGGGGGACAGAGCCGCAGCCGACUGAACGCAGAGCCCUUAGCUACAGAAGAACAUCGUACCUAUUUAAAACCACCAAAGCACUGACUUCCAGAAACCGAGGUGGACGUGUGUGUUAUGAGUGAAUGGGCUUUUCUGGUCGAGAGUGUCCCUUAAGACCCACCAUCUUCAUAUAAGAGAGAAAAGGGUAAUUUAAAUUUUUAUAGUGAUUGUAAAGAAUGAUUAUGUAAUGUUCGUUAUUUAUAUGUUUAUAAUUGAAUAAAAUAGUAGUUUCAUUAUUUGGCACAGCAGCAGUUAUUUGAAACAUACUCGAUUUGAAGUUAAAUGUUUCAUUUGUUGAAAACACUGACUUAUAACUCUUACUGAGGAUUUUUUUUUUUUUUAAUGCAAAGGAAAUGGUUUCCUUGUAAGAAAAGCCUGAGUGUAUCCGUACAUCUGAGCACCAUUUUAGAACAGUCAGCGCUUAAGAUUUGCUGGGAAAAAACAAGCAAACAACCCAAUUCUAAAAAUGCCCCUUUUGAAAAUAGUGUGUGCUGAUUAAGGACUAUUCAUCCUGCCAUUUUAAACCUGACAUGCAUUAAAAAGAAAAGGAGAGAUGUUCUUUAUCUUUGAUUAUGAAGUGCAGUAAAAUCUGAAGGAAACCAUGGUAUCCCUCCCUGUCUUUGAUCAGAUCAGAUUUGUGCUUGUCUUGCUCCUGGCCCUGCCUCUUAAUCCAGUGUGUGCCCCACCCCUCCCUUCCUUCCGUGGUACAGCCUUCACACCUC